CUGGCCAGGCAGGUCCUUCUCCUUUGAGCUUCUGUUGACAGAUUGUAUAAUUGGCGUUGAAUUGAUUCGAUUACAGCACCCUGCCUGUCGCUCUUAUUUUGCUCUUACGCCGAUGCGUUGCAUACGAGCUUCUCCCGUAUUAUGCAAUUGUUAAUUAGGUGGCGAAGCCCCAACAAGGCGCAGGGAAGAACCGGGAUUAAUUAAUGUCUAGAGCCUAAGCAACAUUAUCCAACAAUGUGCAGAAAGCUAGAAAUCAAAGCCUGAACGGCUGGCUAUUGAGUGGUAAUAUAAAUUUGAAAGUUAACUAUUUAAUGCCGAUUUAACCCUUUAUAUGGCCGUGAUGCAUAUCUGCAACAUACCGUUUGAAUUCAACUAUUUCAUAGUGUUUAUAAAGAAAGUGACAUGUGUUAGUGUGAUGUCAUAAUGCAACAAGGCUUUUUUUUAUUAGUAUGACCUGAUCCCACUCUACCAUGAGUUUUGACAACAUAAGUUUACUUUUCCCGCCAAUUUUGUGAAACAAGCACGUGAGCUCCGUUCCAAACUUUCAAUUACAAAUAUUUCUUAAAAUACAACUUAUUUGUUUAAACAAAACUGCACAAUUGAAAAGGUAUUUAUGUUUAUAAUGCAUGUGCAGCCGAGUUUUUAUGUUAUGGUUUAUGUGUUACGUGAAAAUAGUGAGUAUCGUUGUGUUGCAGAUAUACAUCAAACUGCUUUUCAGAGAUAAUUUUUGCAGUCUCAGUUUUGAUGUAUAUAUGCAACAUUUAUUUGUUUGUGAUUAUUAUUAUGUUAUGUUUUAUGUGUUUUUAUAUACAAUUAUUUGGUAUUUAUUGUCUUUGUCGUCUGUGUUAUAUGUUCAUCUAUGGAACCAAAGUUAUGUUAUGUUUCAAAUGGUAUAUACUAUUGUAUUACAUAGGAAUAAUGUCAGAAAAAGGAUUAACGCCUUCGCAAAUAGAAAGUUUUUUUAAUAGCGUGGAUAGCGAGGAUGAUCUCGACUUUUCUGCUGAUGACGAAAGCGAUUACUAUCCCAAUAAAGAAGAUUUUGAGACCUCAGAUGACGAAGUUUUGGAAAAUCAAGUUGAACUCCCUACCGACUUGAAUGUUCCAAGCAAGGAUGUCAACGAUGUUGCGACUUCUAGCAAAAAGGACCUAAGAAGGAAUUUGCUAUGGAGACAACGCAGUUUGAUUUUGAAUGAGAACCAACUUCAGCUGCUCACGAGCACUGCGUUACCUCCGGAACUAAUGGAGCUGUCCCAGCCUAUUCAAUUUUUUUCGUAUCUAUUUCCUAAAAAAGUUUUUGAGAAUAUUUCGAAUGAAACUAACCUUUACAUUCAUCAAAAAGAGCCAAACGCAAAUAUUACUUUUACUCCUUUGGAUAUUCAACAGUUUGUUGGAAUUGUGUUGUAUAUGUCCAUUUCACGACUUCCAAAAUGUGCCCUUUACUGGUCUGCAAGUAUUGGAAUACCGACAAUUCAAAACAUUAUGUCACAAAAAACAUUUGAAACAAUCAGACGUCACAUUCAUUUCAACAACAAUGAUAAUAAUCUGCCUUUGACUGAUUCCCGUCAUGAUCGGCUUUUCAAAAUACGACCACUUAUUCAGGAAAUUAAUAAUAAUUUUGGAAAAGUACCUAAGGAACAGUUUUUGUGUGUCGACGAACAGAUUUGUUCAACAAAAGCAAGAUCACAUAUGAAACGGUACAAUCCUAACAAGCCUCAUAAAUGGGGAUAUAAAAUAUAUGUUUUAAGCUGUAAUUCGGGCUUCUGCUAUAAAUUCGAGAUUGAUUCUGGCAAUGAAAACGUAGUACUACUUAACGAGCCAGAUCUAGGAGCAGCAUCAAAUUGUGUUGUAAGAUUGGCCAGAGAAGUCCCCAGGCAUCAGAAUUUUCGCCUAUAUUUUGACAAUUAUUUUAAUUCAUUACCUCUUUUAAACAAGGCCAAAAAGGAAUAUAUACAAAUUGACCGUCCUUUCGCUGUAGCACAAUACAACAGUUAUAUGGGAGGCGUUGAUCUGAUCGACAGUAUAAUCGGAAGAUAUAAAAUUUUAUUGAGAAGCAAACGUUGGCAAGUCAGAAUCUUUUAUCAUUUACUGGACCUUACAAUCAGCAACGCUUGGUUGUUGUAUAAACGUGUUAUGAAGGCAAAUGGAUAUCCUGGAAAAGUUUUAAGUUCAUCAGACUUUCGGCUUGAUAUCGCAGAAGUGCUAACAAAAGUUAACACUAAAUCAAAAUUGGGUAAACGAAGUUCCGUCAUUGAAAAUGAAUUGCAGCUAAAGAAGCAGAGAGGUCCAACUCAGCAUGUACCAAACCAAAUGGUACGACAGGAUCAGGUUGGACAUUGGCCAAUUUGGGCAGACAAAAGAAUAAGAUGCAAGUUUCCAAACUGUGCAGGAUAUUCUCAAGUCAUGUGCAACAAAUUAAACAGUAAUUUAAGCGCCUUAUAGCAAAUAUUAUAAUAAAAUUUACGUUUUAUCUAUGUAAACUGAGCACUGAAACUAUUAAAUAUAUUAUGAAUUCAAAUAUUUUGUUUAAUGCACUAAAAACAUUACAAAUAUAUUCAUUUAUGUUAAAUAAAUUUUUGGAUUAUAUUAAGUUUAAUUUUGAACCCAAGCAUAUUUGAUGUAUUUAUGCAACAUAUCCUUUAUCCUUAAUAAAAGUGUAAAAAAUCAAAAAUCGGGAAAACGAAAAAAAAGUGUAUUUUUUAUUUUUAAUUAUAUAUCUAAAAACAAAAACCGCAUCAAAAUCGGAGUUUAUGCCAUAUGAAGGGUUAAAUAGAUUUUAAUGUGGAGCCAUCGCCACUUUUUAGCUUAUCUCCUGCGGAGAUAAGAGACCCAAUUUUGACGAAAGUAGUGCAAUAAAUAAAAUAUGGAAUUCUCGGCCAUAGAUUUUAAAAUUGCUAUCAAGAACACAGUUUUUGGAUAGAAUAUGGAGCAAAUUGGCAACAAAAUAUAGUCUGUCCUGUAUAGAUUUGCUUUCAGAGUUCACCUUACUCAUCGAGGAUAACGGGAUAAAAACAUGUAGCGAGCACCCUAUAUGUUUCUAUAGAGAAAAACAAGAAAGGAAAGCUAACUUCGGGCGGAGCCGAAGUUUAUAUACCCUUGCAGUUUAGUCGCAGUCCGCUAGGUGGCGCCAAGCAUCUUAUUUUUA